AUGCAGGGCUCUUCUAGCUCUCCCGAUGCCGCCGCAGCAGCGCAGAGUACCUCGUCGGUGCACAUGCUGCUCGCCCCUUUUGCUGUUGUGAAAGGUGUUAUUCGCCACCUCGUCAUCCGCGUACCGUGGUCGUCGCUGGAGAGCGAACCGAUUCACGUGCAGGUCAGCGGGGUAGAGCUGGUGCUCGGUCCGCUCCGGGCACGUCCCUUCGACGCGUGGGAGGAGCAAGAGCGCGAGGAGGCCGUCAAGCAACAGCAGCUGGCGCGUUACGAGGAGGAGCGGCAGCGUCGCUCGCACGAGCUGGCAAGUGUGUGGACAAGCCGCAGCUCCUCCGGGGCCUCAGCUGGUGGUGAAGCGUCGGAGAAAGGGAAGAUGGCGGCAACUUCUGAUGGUGCCACCGAAGAUGCCAACGCGUCGUGGUUUUCGUGGAUUUGGGACUUUGACCGCAUUAGCCAGCUCGCGCUGCGGAACUUGUGCGUGACACUAAAGGACGUGUGUGCGCGCUACGAGUUCGACUACGAAGGCCUGCACCCGUCUCUCGCGAAGGCGUUCGCCUUCUUUGUACACGAGGUGCGGCUCACAACGGUCAAUCAGGGGUUUCGGGAGACGUUCGUGAGCGAACUGCUCGCCCCGCUUUGCAAGCGUAUUCUGCUCUCUGACAUCAUCGUCAGCGUACACACCAUGCGCGUUCCUCAGCCAUCCUCCACGGAGUCUCCCAGCGCACGAGCGAGCAGCUCGAUGCGUUCUUCCUAUUUCCCUUCCUCCGUGAAACUCUCGCGAGACGACGGUGGUGUCUCAUCCUCUCCCGUACAAGAUGACGACACCAGUGGAUCUUCGUCCCCGCUAUCUGUUACGCACGGUCAGAAGAGCGCGUACGAGACCUACCAGGACCAAUGGGCCUUCUCGAAAGCAAUACUAAAGAUAUCAAAAAUGGAGCUGCAGGCCAAAAUAGUGCCACCCGGCUGCACCUCGUUGCACCCCAUUGUCGAAGACGCACCACCGCUCCCGGCGAGUUCGACAGAGCUCACUAUUUCUGCCGUCGAGGGCGUGCAAGCUGAAGUCUGCUUUGGUGUUUUCCAGACGCUGGAGUCGUUAUGGCGCAGCUACCACCAAAGCGUGGGCUGCGCGCGCUACCGCAGAAGACUGCAUUUGUUAAGGGUGCAACGGCAGCAGCUGCCACAGCAGGAGCAGUCCGUGACAAGUGUGGACUCGAGUCCUGAGCGAUACGCAAGCAAAAGCAGGGAGUCUUCUUCCCCUUUACUUUCGUCGGAGACGUCGACGUUGCGGCAGCUCACACGGCAGCGGUGGCAGUUUGCGCUGCGCUGCGUGUUGGACGACAUCCAGAAGCAGCGGCAGACCUUCCACCGACACGAUCGCAGCCACCGCGAGAUCAUUGAGGGGAUGAUGAUGUUUUGUCAGGUGCGGCGGGCCUACUGCCAGUACUGGAAGCGCAUGCAGGGUGUUCGCUGGGCGCUCCCGCUGAACGAGCUGGAGGAGAAGAAGUUGAUGCUGAUGGAGCGCCAGCUGUCAUUGAUGCAGGUGAUUUUCCUUCGCUGCCUGUCCUAUGCAGAGAUGCUGCAAGAAGAAGACGGAUAUGCGCGACAGCGGGCCUUUAUUGAGGAGGCGCGUCAACGCAGUCAAAAAGGUGUGCGUGGCAGCAGAAAGCAGAAGGCAGACGGGAGAGGAGGCACCGGCUUGUGGGGUUGGUUCACGAAAGCGGUGAUUUCAGUACCGGAGAAGGACGAUCCAAGUAUCGCCUCCGUGAGCGACGCGCACUGCGAAACACUUCCAAUGGCCGUGUCGCCCGGCUUACAAGUGCCGUCGCUUACGGAUUUGGUGAGGGUAGAGUGGGAGCUGGGUGAACGGUACACCUCGCCCCAUCGCGCGCCGCUCGUGCAGCCUUGUGUGCCGCAACACUUUCUGCCCAAGGCGACGAAGGGCAACUCCGUGUACUUCACCUUGCGUUGUAUUGCGGACACCGUGACGGUGCGUGUGGCUCCGACUUAUUGGCCACUCGUGCACGACAGCAGCGUUCCUCCGCCGCCGCUGAACACUCCGCUGCGUCGCAUUGAACAGCAAUUCUGUGGGCAUCUUUCCUCGGUGGAAGUGUUUUUCACCACUGUUCCCGACGAGCGCCCAGACAAAGCUUCUUGGUCCUUCUUUGUCGGGUCUGCGAGGUUUUUCUUUGAUGGUGUGCUGCGCUCCAUGCUGCUGCGAUCGAAAGAGGCGCCAGAGGAAGACUUCAUCGUUGUAAAGCAAAACGCUAGCCACACCCACGUUGGUGUGUGGAUAGCACCGCAGCUCAUCAUUUGCCAACCACUGCACGAGUGGCGCUGGUGGGGUAUGGAGGUGGCUGCCUUUGUGGAGUGGUUCAUGGCGCUGCAGCGGACUUUCUACGCAGCGUCACCGCCCGCUCGUCCUGACACCACCUCUUCAGUGCUGGAAGAAUUCCCGGUCGGCCCUCACUUUGCUGCCCCGAGCGGGCGAGCCUCGAGGCCGAUGUCGGUGCAGACAACACCCACCCCGCGCCACUCGUCCCAAACCUCUCACGACGCAGUGCCGUCUCGCGAGUCGCCACUGACACGGUUGCUGACGCCCUUGAUCUGGAACAUCACGAUUCGGGCGACAGACGUGUGCAUCCCGCUCUCUGGCCGCGACAUCGAUGACACGGAUGCGGAUAUCAUCCGCCUUCCGCCCUCUGAGUUUCCGUCACUGCUCGUUACAGACUCCAUGAGCACCGCCGUCCCGGCGAGGGAGGGUUCACUGGAUGGCGGCACUCAUAAGCUGUCCUUCGCAGCGGAGGCGAAUGCGGGGGCUGAAAGCGAACUGGAAGCGCUGUCGCACGGCGCCACCACACGCGGAGGUGCGCUGCACGUCUUUCUCUACGCCGAUGAGUCAGGUGGGGAUAAGGAAGGUGGGGGCGAGGAGGACCAGGCAGCGGCCAUUUCUGGGUCCUUCGUGACGAGUCCGGCCGGCAGCUUCGCCUCCACGAAACCGGUGCGAUGUUUUCUCAACAACGACGCGUGUUUGGUGCUUUCCAUUUCUACCACCCGUCUUGUCACGGCGAAAUCGGCACAAAGGCGGCGAAGGGGAGGUGGGAAUGAGUACUACCUCUGCAUCGGCGACCCCGACAGGGCAGUGCGGCUCUUCUGUCAAAAGAAGCUCUCCUCGACGACACUCGCGACAAAUCGUCAUUUGGAGUUGAUGUCGUUUGCCGCAGGGGAGGUGCUGCUAAACUCGGAGGAGCUGUCUGUCGUCUUUAAUCAAGGCAUCGACUUUGUGGUGGAGCCGGAUGCGUUUGCGGUGCUGAAUGACGGAUUAUUGAAGCCGGCGGUGUUCGUCGCGAGCGACCCCUACGCGCGGCAGGCGCAGGCACUCGUCGAAGAACUGCACGUUCUUAAUGCCAAAGACAAUGGAAAGCCUAGCCAUUUCCCACUGCACGAUGCGCAUCAACUCCCUCCACUCUCGUGGAAGCUCUCAACUCCCGGCUGCAUGGAGGUCACACGGCAAGACAACGAGACUGGCCAAACCGAUACUGACGCCUCGCCUGCGAUGGUGGUGGUACGUGAGUUCCCUGCUGACUGUACGCGACACAUCCUGGCUGCCGCCAUCGCCACCCUGCCGAAGGAAGCACGCGAAGGCACCAUCAAGGACGGCGAGGAGGAAAUAGCGGCUAGCGUUCGCAACGGAGUGCACAACGCCGCAUGGGAGAGUCGCAUUGCGGGUCCGUCGCGUGGUCCCUUUGGCGGACGUACCUUGGCGCUUGGCAUCAGCGUCGCGCGUUUGCUGGUGCGGUCCGCCUACGAUGAGGAUGUGGCGGAGGUCGUGCUGGUCGCGCCGGAAGAGGUGCCCGCUGCGACGGCGUCGUACCGCGGUGCGUUGGCCGCUCUCGGUGCACAGGAGCCACGCGCGUUGGAGCUUGUCUGGGACCCCUUGUCCCAACAGCACCCCGCGGGUCACGAUGGGCUCCCUGCUGGGCUGCCGUUCCCGCAAGGGGGCCCAAAAGGAUGCCCGGCGUUUCUCCUCUCUGUUCCCGAUGUGACGAUGACCACUGCGGCAGGGCAAAAGCUACUCACUGUUGAGCAGCUGACCGUCGUGCAGGCGGCGACGGCGCUACCUGGCGCUGCUGAAAAUGUCGCGGUAACGGUGGAGAUGGCAUCCGUGUGCUUUCACAUGGUGCUCGUGAAUUUGAUGGAAAUAGCAGUGGGCACCUUUUACGCGUUAAAGCUCCUCGCUACGCCUCAACGCACAACCGGGAGUGAAAUGCAACGAGACGCAUCCGAAGGCGUCUCUUCUGUCGCGCAACCGCAGCAGGACGCCACCGCACUCGAACCCUCCUCGUUGAUAUUAUCGGUGGAGGUGCGGUCAAUCCAUCUGCAGGCGCCUCUGACGAAGAGUGACGUCCAGUGUGCACCGUACGUGGAGGUCAACGCACGUCUUGAGAGUUUUAACGCUUUAUUUGAGCCUGCCCUGGAGGAAGGAGAUCAGAAAAAUGAAGAACGGGGGCGUCGCCUUCACAUUCAGUUCGAGGUGCCGGAUGCCGUGCAGCUGGUCGACUACUUCGGAGGCGAUCCGGAGACGUGUAGUUUGGUGACGGCACUUCCGUGGACUGCACAUCAAGGAAGGGACAGCACGGCGGACCACCCGCUGCGUUGUGCAGUAGACUUUGCGGUGCCUGCGACUCUACGCGUCAAGGGCAUCGAACCCGCAACGCCGGCGGCGACUACCACAACCUGUAACGUGGAUUUGAGAGGCGGCGCCAUUCACGCGUACUUUCCACUUCUGUACCUCUUCGUCGAUAUGCUGGCACACGAUGAGCGCAUCCAGAAGCUGAAACGGCUGCCAUCGUCUCCUCUUUUCCAGCACGGGUUCACCUCGCUGUCGCACGAGCGAGUACAGCGGAGGACAAACAGCACUGCUUUCUCUACCGUCAGCACCCCGGAAAGCCACUCGCCGAUGCUCCAAACUACGGCCGCCGUGGCUUCUCCUUCUACACCUUCAUCUGGCCGGCUCGAAAUCGCAGCGACUCUGUCGGAUGUCGACGUGUUUCUCGCCACGGACGCAGGCGUGCCCGUUGACACCAGCAACCCCGAUACGUUCUGUGUCGUGCGGAUUAGUGAGAUGAAAGGCGGCAUGGUGCGAACAGCUGCUCACUCGGCGGACCCCACCAUCUGCACCCCGCUGCGGAUGCGGGCCUACCUUGACACCGUGACGUUGUACCUUGUGGACUUGAUGGCGGCGGAGCCAAAGAACGUGCGUCUGCCAAACCUCAAAGUGCGCGUCGACGCGGGCGUGCUGCUGGUGCCGAAGGAGACGCUGACAGGAUACACGUACCGGAGAAGCAACGAGACGGACGUGACAGUGAUCGUUGGCCUGCAUCCUCCUGCUACCACCACCGAGGCGACUGCCUCACAGCACAGUAACAGCGCUGGUAAGGGGACGACAAUGCCUGAAGGACGGAGCGCUGCGGCACCGUCCGGCGAGACCAUCACCACGACGGCCGGGGUGUCGAUGGAGCUCGGUGUCUAUCAAUUCCGCUCCCUCGUCCGUUUUAUCAUCCACAACGUCGCCCAGGCACCGGUGGCGGCAGCGCAGCGAUGCAAAGAGCGGGACGUGUACGAAGAGGCAGCCCAUUCUCUGCUCCACCACAGACGGUGCUCGCUGCAUCCCCGGCAGCCGGCAUCAAACUCGAUGGAGGACGUGUCGAGGGAAACACCGCCGCCUCCGCCUGCCGCCGCCCCCGCGACCUCUGCUGCUCUCACACUGCUCGUUACACUCCCCCCGGCGUCGCUGACGGUGCAGGAGGGGGAUCCAGCGCCAGCAUCCGCGCUGGAAAGCACCAACGACGUCGGGACUGGCAGCGAAAGCAUCUCGUAUGAGUUCACCCUCCGACAAGGGGCACAGUUUUACUCCGCGUCCGGCGGCCAGUGGUCGAAUUCACCGGUGAAAAACGGCCAAAUCAGCGGGCUGGAGCUAAAGGCGCACGAAGACAGCGUGUACACCAGCGCAUCCGUCGCCCGUUCGUCUUGUGGACACGUGCGGUCUCUUCUCACGGCAGACUUGGUCGGGGUGGCCCUUGUGGAAGGGAGUUCGUCCUCCGUACUGUCCGCGUCUCGUUCACAGGGGCAAGAGGUGGACGGAGAGGCGGUCGGCGUCAGCAGCGUCAACACACCGUUCCUGCGUAUCGCCGCGGCGGUGCGCAACACCACCGUGCGUGUCCCGCAUGUGCGAUGGUGGUUGCGACUCUACUCGCUCUUCGCUGACUCUGCGGGGCCCACGCCGCGGGGUUCUGCACCGGACAUCGUGCCGCCUGCGGCGCUUUCCCAGCACGACUCCCUUGCGGAUGUUGGACAGCCUAGUCCUCCGCAGUUUCGUGACAGCGCGAGCAGCCAGCAAAGCAGCGUCUUGUUUGGUCCGCGUGGCGGCAAUCGUGCGGGCUACCCAGAUGGGGAGCAGGCCGACUGGGUGGCAGGGGGUCACCCCCGCCCCCUCACGGCCUCGCAAAGUUCUCGCUGGCUUUACGGCUUUGUGGAACUGUCACAGACGCAGGUGAUGUUAGGUGAGUGUGACAGGGGGCAGCAGCAGCAGCAGCCGUGGUGCUGCCUUCGUAUACCCGACGCGCGUCUCACGGUGGCGCCCGCGACGUUGCCUCAGAGUGCGGGUGUCAGCCGGGUGUACGACGAGUUCACCUUGGACGUUGCUCGGUGUCCGGAGUUGCUCCUGCGCGCCGCCGACAUGGCGGCUGCGGAGAGGAGUACCACCGGCUUUAAAGUGGUGUACGUGUCCGUGUUGAAGCUGCAACCAACUGCGCCAGCAGCGCGUGAAGCGGAGGGCAAUGCGACGGGCGCCUUUUCUGGGUCUUCGUGCAUCAAGGUGCAACUUAUUCGAUCGCCUCAUUCCCACCUCAUUACCAAAUUGCGCUACGGUUGUUGCUACCGCAUGACAGACCUGGCGCUGCAUCGCACUUGUGCUUUGCAGGUGCAGUUGAAAGGGCUUCUGUUGAACGUCCCAGCCAACGAGCUCUUUGGCUUUGCGCAGGAGCUGUUGCGACAGUCGGCAGAGGUUGGCACGCUUUUAACCCCCGAAAACGGCCCGCCGCGGCUUGCGUCUUUCCAUUCUGCCGGUCCGGCUCGCACCUACACUGGCGUCGAGGCGCAGCUGACCAAUGUGGGAGUUGUUGUCUCGUCCGAGUCGCCGCCCUCGCCGUCGGAAGGGCCGGUAACAUCACAACCGCAUCACAACAAUGAAGGCGGUUCUCCCUGGUGCGGUGUGACUGUCACUUCUCUCCGACUGACCACCGAUGUGGAGUUGGAGAAUGUCCUGACGAAUACAGGGGAUCCAGCGACGCUGAUGGACGAUGCCCUUGCGGCUGGGUGGCGGAUGCGGGUGUGGCAUCUCGUAUCCCGCAUCACGCUGCGUGGGGUGGUACUGGCGGGUCAUCACGGCGUGGAUGUGCAAUGGAAGAUGCCGGUUGUGGAGUUGGGCGUGUCCCAGCCGCUGCCUCGGACGGUGCUGUGCGUGCGAAGCAACCGUUACCCCGACGCGGGGAAGGACGAGUUAAGUCAGCAGGACGGCGAGAUUUCUUCGUCGCUGCUGCGGCAGCGCAGCGCAACGGACUUUUUUCACGUGGAACCGACGGCGGCGACCGUGUGCAGUGAGUUGAACAACCACCUCCUCACACGCGCGUCGAUUGAAGUGGGCGAGGCGGGGAAAAAAGCCAGCGAUGCAACGCCGGAGAAGGACGUCGGCGUGACGGCGGUGCCGCCGGUGGUGAUUUCUGUCGAUACCGUCUACACGCUGAGUCGCAGCGUCGCGCACCUGCUGACGCUGUGGCGGGCGGCGGAGCAGCGUCAAUUAGCACUUGCGUCGCCGAGGGCUGGCGUGGUGGUUACUGAAGAGAAACCGUCGAACGCCACUUCAAGGCCGGCUCUUUUACGUCGGGACGAAUCACUUGGUCCGAUAAUGUGGUACGAGGUGAAGCUCUCUAUGUGUGGGAGACGUGUACAUCUCGUGUCCAACCUCCCCGUAGACGCCCUGCAUGGAGCCGCACGUCACUGCUUCAUGGCCAUCGCGGUAGAGGACGCCAUCACUUUCCAGGUGGACCGCGUCCCACACGAUGACGAGCUCGUCUACGCAUCGCCACGCGGCAAUGAAGAACUGGACAGAGACCGAAGCAUGACGAGCAGCGAUGCAGCAGAAGCCGCAGGGUCCGCGGUCGUGCACGAGCAAUAUCGUGUGCGCGUUGGCACCGUGCGUGUAUGCGACGGCACCGGCAAUCUGAUUUGUCUCCUCACGAGUCAAGGAAGUAGCCGCGGGGCGACGUGUGAUUCGCACGCCUUAACGGCGGAGUAUGCGCGGAGUGAGCGGGCUAUGAGUGUUUUUGCGGAGCACCUCUUACUCACUGCGAGCCCGGUCACAGCGACCUUUGCGGUGGAGUGGUGCCGAGCCUAUCAGGCAUGGAGCCAACUGUGGUUACAGGCGGUCCGAUCAGCGGAGCCACACGAGAGACGUUGCAGCGGAAAGGAUAUGGGAAAGGAAAACUUUUUCACCGCGUCCUCCUUCGCGGAUGUGCUGGUAGAUGUGUGCCAGGUGGACGUGUUGCUGGCGCCUGCAGGGUAUUUGGCUAUCAAGCGUUCACAGCUCAGUCGUUCUCUCUGCGCUCAAGAAGGACCGACAACUGCUGUGACCGGUGUGAACGAAGUUCAAGUGGUGCGGUGCGACGCGGUUUCGUUGUUCUCCACAUCCGCCGUCGGGUGCCAGUAUCGUCGGCAUGAAUGCGCGCCUGUACUACUCGCCUGUGUAACGGCACCGCUGCUGCGCCGCACGCGCGUCUCGGGGACAUCGGCGACAGUCUGUCGUGUGCCGAGCGUGUCCCUCUUCAACCGUGACCGCUUUAGCUGGGCACUCUGCACAAUGCGGGUGACACUGAUCGUGCGAUCCGCGACCGUCUUGUGGUCAUCAACGCAAAUCGCAGAUUUCGCAUCGCAGCCACCGCCGGCAGCCGAAGGGGAGGUCCAACGGGAAGCACAAAAAGGCGUCGACGCAGAGGUGGUGACUUCCUUGGCUGAGCCAUCUACCUACCAGCUCAUUGUCGAAAAGGCCGAAGUGCUUUGCUUUGCACCACACGACGAACACGCCAACGCGGCUCCCGCGUUGCACCUACGAGCAGAACAGGUGGACGUGACGGCGCCGGCGAUCGUCGCGGCCAGCACAUCGUCCUCUGCCACAGAGUCUCUCAAGAGCGAAAUGUCCGCACAGGGCAAGCUCUCCGCUACCUAUCGUUGUUCUUCCCGUGCGACGGCUCUACCGCUGCUGGAGGAAACAGAGGUAACGCUCACCGUGCACACUGGUGUUGCACCGCAGAGGACGGCGUCGCAGGUGGCGGUGUUAGAGAUCCAGCUUUGUGUGGCAGAGAAAGGCUUGCAACUGCGUGUGCCGGCAAAUGAAGACCUCGAGUGUGUUGUAGGGGCGCUGUGCUUGGUGGUCGGCCAGCACGUGCCCCGCCGCUCACCGACAGCCGUAGCGCUACAGCCUUCCACGGGGAGCACGGUAGUGGAGUGCCAUGGAGGCACUAGCGGUGGGGAAGAUGUACCUGAUGCGGGUAAGAAGGGAAAGGAGCAGCAGCUGUGGUGCUUGUCCGUCAACGUUCCUCGCUUUUCGUGCGACGUCAUAUUGAACCCUAGCGGGCAACGACUCGCCGCUGUUGACGUGGGCCACAUUUACGGGCGAUUCAAACCACGCGCGCUAGGACAGCGGCCGUACGUCGAACUGCGCGUGGCUGAGCUUACUGGUGAGACAGACAUCACGGAAAUGGAGACUUCAAGUGAGUCGGUGGCAGCAGCAGCACGUUUUAUGUCCAUGAAGCCGCUGGCCAGCGCCCCCAAGCAAUCGGCACCGACUUCGUACCUCUCUGAGUGGGAUGCAGCGUCAACAGACAUGCAGCAAUACGCGCUCUUUCUUGUGCAAAGGUCACUCCCCCUCUCGCAUGAGGACUGGGAGCGCCGCAGCUCAGAGUUGUGCAGUUGUAGCGACGAGGCAUCGGCACUCACAGCUCGCGUUCACGCCUUCCACACGCACGUCUCUCUGACUUUGCUGCGAGCGCUCGCCAGCGACGUGCUGAAGCCGGUGGUGGGCGGGGUCAGAUCGGCGUCCAUCACCGACGAAAUUGGCGCCGUGGUGAACUCCUUCCAUUCCACUGUGCUGCGGGUGCUUCAGCCGAAUACGCCGCUGCCGCCUCCCGACGAGCUCGAGCGCCACGCUGCUCUCGUGCGGGUGGUGGAGGUCACGAGCGAUUGGACGCUCACGCACGACCUUGUGCUCGGCGGGUCAACGGACGGCUGCAAUCUUCAACUGCACUUUUGCAAUACCGCACCGCACAACGUGAUCACCGUGCGUGGCAGCACCGCGGCUGCUGGACAAGACGAGGUGGUGGUCCAUCUGUCGUGCUGUGCAUGCGUCAAUGGUGAUCAGUGUCCUGCAAUACGUGUCGACCCCGAUGUGACAGUGAAGUUUGAAAACGUGGUGGUGGUAGUGGAUGGCUUCGGCGGACCGCAGGGGCUCCUGCCGAGCACCUUCGUGGUGUUGGGAGAGCGGGCCCUCUGCGUGUUCCCGCCCACGCGGCAAAGGUCGCGGCUGUCGUUGCUGUCACCACAUCUGCUCCAGUCCGAGCAUCCCGCUGAGAACGCGUUGCCGAACACGGAGGCGGAGGGCCGUGACCAGGAGAGAGCCGCUGCAGCAGCAUCAGCCCAAAUCACUCCGCCGUGGUUUGCCACCUCCAUCUAUUCGCUCGACGUGAAGGUGGACUUUGACACGUCGCUUGCCGCGCAGCGGCGACGUCUGCAGGCGGUAGGGACGUGGCAGCUGCAGUACCGUUUCGAAGACAAGCGCAAGGGUAAACAAAUGAUUCGGACUGAGCGUGAGGGCGGGGCUACCCUGACGCUGCAGCGGUGCGCCAACGAGUCUUGCAUCCUGACCCGCACACCCGUCGCCUUUUCGGCACGCCUUGGCGAUGCGAACGAAGAGCAUCGCCGAUUGCAGAUCGCGUUUGACAUGGGGGCGACGGCGUGGCAGCUUCCGCUGGGUCACGCGCAGCUGCUCGUGCGUUCUGUCACGAGCAUCAUCAACGCCUUCACACACACACCGUCCGCGGGCGCUACGCCGUCCAUUGCGGUGGCGGCACCGCCUGGCAAGCGUUCCGGCCCAACGACAGAGUGGGAGCCACCAACCUCCUUGGACACGCAGAAGAAUACAAAAGGCAGUGCAUCAUCGUCGUUUGUCACACCGCCCACCCCACUCGACGUUGAAUGCAGUGUGCCCUUGUGCACCCUCUGCUUCACCGACGACUUUCAGCUGCCGCUCGCGGCCUGCAACGUGGAGAAUUUCUCCUUGAAGUGCGCAGCGGAUAUGCAGUUUCGCGACGCCGUCGUGAGCGCCACAGCGUCACUGUCCCUAAUCGACCACCUGGAGCGUUGUAGCUUCCCAAACGGUGGUCACAUCCGAAAGAGCGGUGGCAGCACUGCACGGGUGCUCUUCGCGGCAAAACCGUCUAUGGCUCUCGUGUGGACGCGCUUCAGCAGCGAUAGCCGUUCUCUCUCGCUCUCCGUCAGCGUGGAGGACGUUGUGACGACGCUGCCGAUCACAACAGCCCUCCGCGUGCUUCGCUGUGCUCGAUCAGACGUAGAGUCCGGCACACGCGCCUUCUGGAAUGACUCCGGCGUCGAGCUCGCCGUUUGCGCCGCAGGCACGUGCACAAGCGCACCUGGACAAAGCACGGAUCUCAGCGGGAAUGGCCGUCACUCCCAGUGGCGUGUGCCGGCGUCGCCUUCAGAAAGAGCCAUCAUCACCGGAAUCCCUUCCGCCGUUGCGGAAUUGACGGUGACUUCGCCGAAUCCUUCCGACGGUGCUAUCUCGCCAGCUUUGUCGACCGACCGAUGCGACAGUCUACAUCCCGGCGAGUCCCUCGGAGUAAGGCUGGAUCUGCGGCGGCUGAGAGACGACACGGUGCAUCGCCUGCGUUUGACGGGCUACGUGUCUCCCUUUGGAGCGCUGGAUGUGGUGGUGCGGAAGUCCGUGUGUGGCGGCAUUGCUGUGGUACACCUGGCGUCGACGGUAGAGUUGACGAACGCCUUCUACCCAUUGGACGGUUUAGUCGACGGCGCAGCCGUGGUGUUGCGAGCUUCUUCGUCUUUCUCCAGCGACGUGCCUGCCUUUGUCGUUGCGCCGCGCUCUACUCGUUUUAUCCCGCUACCCGUGCUACGCGAUCGGUUUGCGCUUGAGAUGGGUGGGUGCGUGUACGCCGCGCAGGCGAAGUUCGUGACCUGGGCCAUGGUCGCGGAUGCAAUGACGGUGAUGGCCGAUCAAAUCGUGACGAGCGCCGCAACCGCCGAUGCUUAUGCGUCUGCGGCAAGGUUGCGGAAGCUGGGUGUUGACGCCGAAAAGGAUGCGGACGAUGGUGGCAGCGGCAAUGGCCACCGGGGUGCGCUAUCCGGGGGGCGGCAAGCGCAGGUGGUGGACUCCUCAACGAUUUCCUUUCCUGUGAUGCUACGUCCGCCGCAUUCUCACGUGACGAGUUCGACGGCGACGGGGACGUCGCUGACGGAAGAGGAGAGCGAAGCUGCGAAUCGCGCUGCGCCGCCACUGCUCAAUCGGGUCGUGCAGCUCACGUGGAGGCGUCACCGCAGUCAGCCUCAAUCGCAACUACUUUCUUCCGACUGUCUCCCUCCGUGCGAGUACGCCGUUACGGUGGAACCGGUGUGGACGUUGUGGAACUGCACCGGCUGCCGUUUACGGUUGCACCUGUGCCUCCCCGCCAAGGGAAACGCCGUCAGCCAGAAGUCAGCGGUCAAACAACACGACGAGGGCGAAGAAAAGUCGUCGGCACGCGCAGCGGCCACGAAUGUCUCGGCGCAGGACACUGAAGGCGACGGCAACGUCAUCGGCGCCGCUGUUGUCGAGAACGGGAUGUGCUUCCAGUGGAUGCCCGCGUCGCUGCAACACUUGGAGGCGAACGUCGCCGCGUUCUUCCAGCUCGAGUCACCGUGUACGUCGUCAUCGUCGCAGUGGUGGUCCGCCGCGGCUCCGCUGUUUCUUAAAGAGUCUCCACCGUCGUACAUUCGCCUGCAGCAGAACGCCACACACACGCAAGGCGCGGUAUCCUUGGAGCGCCGCGGUAGCUCCGUCGUUGUAGUGCGCUGUGCGGCACUCCUGCGUUCGAACAUGACCCAGACAGUUUACCUGCGCGAUGCCUCUAGGCCAAUGCCGCUGUUGGGGACGGACGCGCAGGGGCGGCUAAACCCCCAGCAAUUGCUUCCUCUGUUCUUCUCUGAGUACGUGACGACGCUGGCGCCGAAUGCCAAACGUGUCGGCUUCACCGUGCGCGACACGCCGCUGCGGGCAACGACUGCAGACGGGAAGGAAGAAACGGACCCGUACUACCUCACCACUCCGAUUGCCGCCACCGUGCUCUCUGCUGAUGAGCGUGGGGACUGCACCGUCUUCUACUCCGUGUCUGCUGCCGAAGACGCAGGGACCGAAUUCGUCACGUCCGCCGUGACUUCGGAGACGUUGCCGGGCACGUCCCUUUGGCGUCCAGCGGCGGCAGCGGCCCUGCAACUGCGGUAUCUGUGCUGUGUCCGCAACGCCGAUCCCCACCGCACGUUGUGCGUGCGGCCCUACGUGCGAGCGGGCGACACACCGGUUGGGGCCAUCGAAGAAAUCCGCAUCCCUCCAGCGGAGGUACGGGAGCUGCGGCGAUUCGCUGCGCACACGGUCGAACCGGAGGUGCAGUUCUGCUACGGCGGGAAGGAUGCCGCGCCGACGCCUGCGCACCUGUGGUCACCGCCGGUCAAACUUCUCUCGUUGGCGACGUCGACGCUGCCGCUUGUGCUGAAGCACGUUUGUGCGCCGCCAGCGCCCACCACGGAGCCGUGCGCCGAUGCCUUCUGUCUCUUUUCGGCACCUCGUGGCGGACAUGAACCGCCCUUCUCCACGAGAGAGCACUGCCGCUGUCUCGAACUGCAGUCCAGCACCGCUGAUGGACGUCUGUGCGUGUCGGUCAGCCUGCGUGCCGUACCACCGCUCCGCAUUGUGAAUCGACUGAACACCACCCUGCAGUUUACACAAACGUUAGCGAAGGGCAACAAGUCCGCGUCCCCCGCGUCGUCGCCAUCGGCAGUGCGUGUGUCAGCGAACGCCGUCUCUACGGCGUUGUGCUCGCACACCGCCCCGCCGUGGAGCUACGUCGUCGCCGCCGAGUCGAACAGCUUCGGCUGCUGGGAGGUGCCCACGUUGGAGUUCCAGGGCGUGCGCAUCACGUUGCAUUCGAACCGGCACAAAGGCUUCACCGCCAGCGUCGACGUGGAUCUGCUGAAGUGCGCCGCCGCCCCUUCUGCCGGGUUGCGGGUGGGUCAGACUGACGCCUAUGUCUACGUGAAUCUCGAUCACGUCACGCAUCAGUUCACCGUCACCGUUGUCGCCACCCGCCAGCUGGAGAGUCACAUGCUGUGCCAGCCACGCCGUCUGACGCAGCUGGAGGUCUUUGUGCCGCGCUGCACGAUGUACCUGUCUGCGGUGACUGUGCCCAUGACAGGGCAUUUCUCCGGCACAAGCGUCAUCGCACGCAGCGCACGUGGCCGACUGCGCACGCGAGCCCGCGGGGAGGGUACUACGGCAUUGACGGUGCCGUCUACCGCGACGGACGAAGACGUGGUCGCGCUUCUGCGGCAGCUGGAGGUGGAUGUGGUGUGUGUGCGCAUCGUGGGCGUCUACGGCAGUGCUACAGUGACGGAGCGCCGCAUGCUGGGCAGUGCGUCGGUCGGCAUUGUCGAGGUGCUGGACGCAACAACGCCGCAGGCCGUGUAUCCGGUGGUGUUCCGCAUGAGUUCCAAGACAGCGCAAAAUAUCGAAGGCCAUCCAUCUUCCGAGGAUCCGACAGCCGCGAGAAGCGAUCCUUCGACGACGGCGACGGCAAGCGUCGGUAUUCAUGGCGGUGACAGCACGUCCUCCCUGUCCUCCUCGACGAUUACGGCGGCCACGGCUGCUACGGUGCCGCGUUUCAAAGACCCUUCGUGGUGCAACGUCGAGGUGCAACUUGCCCGGCCGGAUGUUGGUGCCGGCGGAACCGUCAUGUUGCCUCUGCAGCUGCUGCGCAUUACCGUCCCACCCAUGACACUCCACCUGCACGAUGAAUUCCUGUUCACCGUACGGACUUGUGCGGAGAGCGUUCGCGAAGAGUUGAAUUCUCGGCUUUCAACGGCAUCAUCCUGCGGCAGUGCGCAGUUCACCCGCGCCACGGCCUCUGUCAAACGGACGACAGGUGAUCUUCCUUGUGCAGCGCCGCAAACGGUCCCGUCCCGUAGCAGCACGCGAAGGGUGUACAACGUUUUCCUCUACCAGCUGCACGUCUCCGCGAUUGCGACGGAGGUCACGUACACGCGCUCUGGCGAUCGCUGCUACAACCCUUUCCGCAACCUCGGGGUUUUGCCCGCGCACCUCAUCCCCUCGAUAGAGGGAGUCGACAUCAAGCUGAAAGAGGUGAAGCUCGCGAACGUGGAGCUGCUGUCUGCCACCUCUUUUGCUACGGUUGUGCAGUCGUUUGUGUGGCCGCUGUACCGCACACAGCUGCUGCUGCAAAGCUAUAAAGUUGUCGGCUCGCUCGACGCCCUCGGCAACCCUCGUGCGCUGCUCGGGAGCUGGUCGCGUGGGGUGUGGGACUUGGUGACGAACUCUUCCGGUAAAAGCCGCUGGGCCGGCACGCGUGAUUUCUUGCGCACGACCACUUCGUCCACGCUGCACUCCGUUUCCGCGCUGGCGCGGAGCAUCGGCAAUUUGACGGGCGGGUCCUCAACGGCGGCUACCUCGGCGUCAGUAGCAGCGAACGGUGGUAGCGCAGGUAGCAUUACAGGAGGAGACGGGCUGCUACCCUCUUCCGACCAACGUCGCGGUCUUUUAGGCGAAGUCUUCGCCGAAGUGAGCGGCGGCGUGGUGGAUGCCGUAGCGAAGCCGAUCCGUGGUGCGCGCGAGGGCGGCGUAAACGGUUUUCUCCUCGGUGUGGCGUCGGGUAUGGUGGGGCUCGUCGGACGUCCCGUGUUUGGCUUUUUCCGUGGGGUCGGCGUCACCUCCCAGUUCUACGCGCGUCUCCUGGACGGGCAGACGACGUUGACGGAUGAGGAGGCGCGACGGCUGGCGCUGGGGCGCAACUACCGUCUCUCAGCCGCCCCAACCGACUCCCAAGACAUCAAGGCCGACGCAGAAGGCUCUCUUACCGUUACUGCUGUUACUGCUGUUGUCGCCGAUCGCUGUGAUGUGCGGCUGGCGAGUUUGGCAUUUGAGCGGAUGAUGUCGGCUGUUCCGCGGUGGCGUCGCAGCAGUGAAAGUCACGUGCGCGCCGCCGUUGCACGAGCGGGGGUGCAGAACGCCGCCCUCUUUCUUCCGUACUCCACCAUCAGCGCUUUCUUCACGCCGGAGGAAUUUGCAACCUCCCUUCCCACGUCCCUCACGGCGGCGCUGACGGCAAAGCUGCUCGCCGCCCUUACCCACACGCAGAGAAGCGGCAACGCCGGUGGCGGUGAAGAAGCAGCAGACAAGGGCGCUACGCUGAAACGACUUGCGCGGGAGUGUGACCGCGCGUCGCACAUCAGGGCCUCCCUCGGUGUGCCGGCGCUACACAAGUACGUCGCGGACGACGUCUUCGUUCGUGUGUGCUCGCUGGACGAGAUUGUCGAAUCGGUGACAGCGACCGGCAUUCAGGCGAAUUACGUGAUUCUGCUUUCCAAAGCUGUGAAUGCAGCGGGAGAGGAAUUGUUCAUGCCCUAA